AUGAGUGACUCGGUGGAUGACGUAAAGGAUGCGAUCAAGGUGAAGAAGCCUGACACGAUCAAGUGUGAAGCCGACAAGCUGCAAGUCUACCUGGCGAAGAAGGACGGCGCGCGGCUGACUGAGGCUGGCGCGGAAUCUGUGGUGCUCGAUGAGCAUGGGCACCCGCGAGGCUUUGAGAAGAUGAUGCCGUCGCUGUGGCUGAAGAACGCCAAGUACUUUGGAGAGAGCUUUCAACUGGGGGAAGGCCAAGUUCACGUGCUGGUGGUGGUUCGGGAGGGUGCUGUUGUUUCAGCUAAUGAGGAUUCCCCGGAUACAAUGAUCAAAGAAAUUCACGCUGUGACGGUGGGGAAGAAACGUAAACGAUAUGUCCUUUCGAGGGUAGGCUCGACCCAAGGCAGGCAGCUUCUGAACGACUUGGACGUUCAGGUGGAACGUGUGCGCACAGUUCCAUUUGCUGCUGGAGAGGGGUCUUCGGUUGAUCCAUACAAGUGGGAGAGCGUUAUCAUUGAAUGCAGCAAAGAGAUCGUGCUCACCGAGGAGCAGCAGCGAGAACGAUAUCGCGAGUACGUGGAACGCAACAUUGGCGCUGUACUAGAAGAAAAGUAG